GCUACAGCUCCUGCGUGUCUGUUUAGCAACUAUCAUCUCACGCCAAAAUGACUGCCAGCAUAGAUUCAGAAACUCUCAAACAAUACCUUGCCGACAGCCCUCCCAGUGUCGUUCCACUCACUAUCAAACCUCAUUUCGAGGCGUUGACCGACAAAGAGAAGCUCUAUGCCCAUCACAUCUCAAUAGCCUGCUUUGCAGGAACUCGUGUUGUGCUGCGUCAGAUCUCCCCCGAAUCCGAGCCCAUCUAUGACUUUAUAAUCGCACUGCACAAGCACAGCAACGGUGACUAUGCCGCCCUCGCCAAAGAAGCAGGCCUUUCGCAAGAGGAAAUCGAUGCGUACCUCAACUAUGCAGCACAAUUCCUGGGCAAUCUGGGCAACUACAAGUCAUUCGGCGACUCGAAGUUCAUACCACGACUUGAGCCCAGACAGCUAAAGGCACUGGCCACCGUGUCGAAGGAAGCACUGGCGCAGUUUGGGAAGUUUAAGGAUGCGAUAUAUGCAGGCAACGAUAUGGGGAAACUGCAUCUAGGAUAUCCGAGUGCAGGACACUUGUCGACGUACUACCCUGAUAGCCCUGACAUCUCCAAGGAGGAGAUUGCAAGCGUCAGCGAUUUCCUAGAAGGGAAGGGUCUGCUGCCUGAAAACACCAGAAUCCAGAAGACAAGUGAAGGCUUCGAGAUCCUAAUCGCGUCGGCAUUGGAUGAUCCAUCCGCAGACGAAAGGGAUCUGAAGGAGAACGAGUGGACGCUGGACGAUGGCAAGAAGGUCAAGUUGGUUUUUGGCGAUUACGCAAAAGAGAUGGAGACUAUCGCUCAUCACACGAACGAGGCGAAGAAGUAUGCCGCGAACGACAAUGAGAUAAAGAUGAUGGAGGAGUACACAAAGAGUUUUAGAACUGGCUCACUGGAGGCUUUCAAGGAGAGCCAGAGAGCGUGGAUCAAAGACAAAGGGCCACAGGUCGAAUCAGACAUUGGUUUCAUUGAGACCUACCGAGACCCACACGGUAUUCGAGGCGAGUGGGAAGGCUUCGUCGCCAUGGUGAACAAGGAGCGCACAAGAGCAUUUGGCAAGCUUGUAGAAACGGCACCACAGUACAUCCCGCUCCUACCUUGGGACAAGGCGUUUGAGAAAGACACAUUUCUCAGUCCGGACUUCACCUCUUUGGAGGUGCUCACAUUCGCUGGCAGUGGUAUCCCCGCAGGAAUCAACAUUCCCAACUACGACGACAUCCGCCAAAACGUCGGCUUCAAGAAUGUCUCUCUAGGCAACAUCCUCUCCGCCAAAGCCCCCAACGAGCAAAUCCCAUUCAUCAAAGACAGCGAUCUUGCAACAUACCAAAAGUACCGUGAUCCUGCGUUCGAAGUGCAAGUCGGCCUGCACGAACUCCUCGGCCACGGCUGCGGCAAACUCCUGCAAGAAACGGCUCCAGGCGUCUUCAACUUCGACAAAGAAAACCCGCCCAUCUCCCCCAUCACCCACCGCCCAAUCACAACCUGGUACAAACCAGGCCAAACCUGGGGCUCAGUAUUCGGCGCCUUCGCCGCCUCGUACGAAGAAUGCCGCGCAGAAUGCGUCGCCAUGGCGCUCUCCUGCGAAUUCCCCAUCCUGCAGCUCUUCGGCUUCGGCGACGGCACACCCGACAUGGCCAGCGAAGCCGGCGACGUGCUCUUCACAGCCUACCUCCAGAUGGCGCGCGCCGGCAUCGCGGCCCUCGAGUUCUGGGACCCCAAGAGCAGGAAGUGGGGCCAGGCGCACAUGCAAGCCCGCUUCUCCAUCCUGCGCACCUUCCUCAACGCCGGCGUCGAGUUCUGCGAGCUCGAGUGGAAGAACGACGACUUGUCUGAUCUCACGAUUCGUCUCGAGCGCGAUCGUAUCCUCGACCUUGGACGCCCGGCUGUUGAUGAUUAUCUGCAGAAGCUGCAUGUUUAUAAGAGUACAGCGGAUUUCAAGGCGGCGAAGAGGUUGUACGACGAUAUUACGGAUGUGGAGUCGUUCUAUGCGGAUCUUGUCCGGCCGGCGGUUCUCAAGAAGAAGACGCCGAGGAAGGUGUUUGUGCAGGCUAAUACUGUGGAGAAGGAGGGGAAGGUUGAGUUGGUGGAGUAUGAGGCGACGCCUAAGGGCAUGGUGCAGAGUUAUGUCGAGAGGGAGUAUGUGUAGGUUUGUGAUGGCUUGGGUUGGAAGUUGAGGGUACGAGGAAGGCAAUGACUGGAUAUAUGAAUGAACGAAUCAAUGAAUCAAUUAAAUGACGAAACACGUUUUCACAUUCAUGUGGUCAACGAGCAAG